AUGUGGAUGAAGUCGAGUGGCGCUUUACUAGAUUCUACGGCUCUUCAGACUAGACACCAACGGCCAGUGGGCAGAAUGGAAACUGGUUUUCGCGAGUGGCGCUUUACUGGAUUUGGCCGACAUAAAUCCUCUCCCUUGGGCAGUUAUGGGCAGUGGAAUCAAGUGGGCUUAGACUUUGGGUUCAGUGGCUAUCAAUAUACUUGGGAGCGUUCAAAAGGUACUCAUCUAUGGGUGGAAGCCAAGUUAGAUAGAGUUCUUACUUCAGACUCCUGGAGUGAUCUUUUCCCUAUGGCGAAAGCAGAAUCCAUUACAACGGCAAAGAGUGAUCACAUGCCUCUGCUCCUCCAGAGUUUGCCACGAGCGCCUCCUAUUCACAACACAGGCUUCCGGUUUGAAAAUCUCUGGCUUCGGGAAGCUCAUUGCAGAAACAUAAUGAUCGAGAGUUGGUCAAAUACUCAUGGACAUAGUCUUAUGGAUAGGGUGGGGAUCUGUGGUACAGCCAUAUGGAUUUGGGGUAAACACUUUGCACGCAAUUUCCAGCGAUGUCUAGAUCAUUGGCGCAAACGCAUGGAAGCAACAAAAUACAGACGAGACCCUUAUGGUAUUACAUUGUUUAAGGAAGCACAAUCUGAGUACCUUCGUGUCCUACAACAUCAAAGUGACUAUUGGAGGCAAAGAGCCAAGCAAUUCUGGCUCAAAGAUGGUGACACAAACUCUAGUUUUUUUCACAAGACUGUCAAGCGAAGACAACAAGCUAACUGA